AAUACAUUAUUGGGCCUAGCCCUAAAACACUUUCUUAUAUAUAUUCUGCAUUGCACAAACACCAAAACCCUAGUUAUGUUUUCUCCAUCGAUGGAAGAAGUAUUACCUGAAAAUCUCAUCCUGGACGUUUUAUCAAGACUUCCGGUGAAAACAAUCAUCCGCUUCAAGUGUGUGUACAAAAAGUGGCGUGAUCUUGUUUCCGAUCCUUACUUUGUCCGUCUUCAUCUCUCGAGAUCGGGUGAGGCUCUAUUGAUUCACAAGCCCGAGACUUCAAACUGGGCUGGAAGUUUAGAGUGGGUAGAGAUGAAACACGAAGAUGAUUACCACCUCCACCCGGUGAAGAGCAAUAAUCCUUGUUAUGGUCUCCUUCUUUUCCCGGGUUCUGUCAAUGGUUUAAUCUGCGGUUAUCGGCCAUAUAGUUUCGUUUACAUACUUAAUCCUGUUUUGGAAGAAUAUAUGACCCUUCCUAUAUUACCAUUUAAGAAUGCGAUAUAUAGUUAUGGUUUCGGUGUUUCAGCAGCAGGGGAAUACAAAGUGAUACUUUGCAACGGGAGUGUAAGCGAAAAUAAGGUUUACGCGAUUGAUCAUAUUUUGGUUCACACCAUUGGCACUAAGGAAUGGAGAGUUUUGGGACAAACCCCUAACCCACCAAACUUAAUAAAGAAAGGUCCUGGAGUAUUUCUAAAUAGUCAUGUGUAUUGGCUUGGUGAUGGCCAAAUUUACGGUUUUGAUUUGAAUAGAGAGACAUUUGAUUUAUUUCCAUCCCCUCCAGGAGAUAACAACGCUGAAUCUAAGGAAAUGUUGGGAGUCCUAAAAGGUAGGUUAAGUCGAAUUUCUUGGUGUUCAUUAGGAUUAGAUAUUUGGGUGAUGAAGGAAACAUCUUGGUAUAAAGAGAGAACUAUCCGAGAAAAUAUAAGCCCUAUUCUUCACUCACAACCCUUGUGUCUCAUAGAUGGUUUAAAAGGUACUAGUAUUUUGAUAGUCCAUGAUGAAGCAACAAACGAGCUUCUUGCCUAUUGUCUUAACACGAGUGCUACUCUACACCUAAAUUAUCAGGCCAAAUCCUUUAAGGUAAUGACUUAUCGUCCUAGCUUUGUUAAACUCCACAGCUUUCAGAGAGCCUGUUCGGUGUAUGACAAGGUAAGAAAACAACAUUAUCAUUUUUAUUGAAAUUUCCGUUUGUAUUUCUUAUUAUCUUUCGGCCGAGGAGUUGAAGAAAGUUUCGGUUGGUUGCGACUAAUCUGCCAUAAAACUUCUUAAGAAAAGAAGGCUUGAAUGCAAACAUACAGACAGGGAAGUUUGGUUAAUCUGUGUUGAAGAGACCAUUGAGUUGUAGUGUUUGUUAAGACAACAUUUUAACUAUGUUUUUAUUUGGCUUUUGCUUUGAUUUAGUUGACUCAGCC